UGACCCCCUCUCCGUCACGUCACAGAGAGCCGAGCGCCAUUAGAUUGAUGGCAGAGCUUCAUCAGGAGCGAAGCAGGGUUUAAUAGAGGAAUCGGUGCGAAGACUUUACGCGAAGCGCGGAUCGGUGGCUGUUUGCGUGUGUUGCGGUCAUCUGUGGAGCUCUAUGGCUGCUGUGAUCGGCUAGAGGCUCGAAUCAGGCUUUGUUUUUGUGUCAGGCGGAGAGUUUGGGCAUGGCGGCGGCUGGAGGGAAGACGUACUCGUUCAAGGUGGUGCUGCUGGGGGAGGGCUGCGUCGGGAAAACAUCGCUGGUGCUGCGAUACUGCGAGAACAAAUUCAACGACAAACACAUCACCACUCUUCAGGCGUCGUUCCUCACAAAAAAGCUCAACAUCACAGGAAAGAGAGUGAAUCUGGCUAUAUGGGACACUGCUGGUCAGGAGCGUUUUCAUGCCCUUGGACCCAUCUACUACAGAGAUUCCAAUGGCGCAAUAUUGGUGUAUGAUGUCACAGAUGAGGACUCAUUUCAGAAGGUGAAGAACUGGGUAAAAGAGUUAAGGAAAAUGUUGGGGAAUGAGAUCUGUUUAUGUAUAGUAGGCAAUAAAAUUGACCUGGAAAAAGACCGACAUGUUUCAGUGGAGGAAGCAGAGGGAUACGCAGAGUCAGUGGGGGCAAAACACUAUCACACAUCAGCCAAAUUAAACAAAGGCAUUGAGGAGCUGUUUCUGGACCUGUGUAAACGCAUGAUGGAGACGGCUCAGGCAGAGGAGAGGUCAAGGGGGAACGGCACGAGUCACACAAGCACAGCCCGGAGAGGCGUACAGAUUGUUGACGACGAGUCCCAGGCUGCCAUGCCCGCCGGAGGCUGUUGUUCUUCCGGCUAAACACACUUUCCCCCUUUUACCUUUACUUGGGACUGAUAACGGCCUCUCUCGCUCUCCUCUGUGUAAGAACUGCCACUUCCCACAGCUACACUCACCUGCGAAAGCUCCUCAGCUCUGUCAAGUCACUUCUUUAACAGUUCUUUAUUGAAACGGUUGAUUUAUAACUCCAUCCUUUGCCAGCAGACUUUAGGGGCCAAAAAAUGCCAGAUUUUGACCCAUAUUGAAAAUAUACACAAAUUAUUACAAAUAGGUAUCAAACAAUAAUGCCCAGUCUUAUAAAAACAAUACAUGCACUGAUUCAUUUCCCUUUCAAUCUGAUAUUUUAGCACUUUUUUUCUUCUUUUGGCAAGGUGUUGUGCAUGUAGAAUCUUUAAAAUCCUAGUUUCAUCUAAGAAAAAAAGAAAUUCUUUAUUAUUUAAUAACUUAUUUACAAUUCCAUCAAACAUUUACAUGUCCAAAGACCUUUGUACUUCUUGUAAUCAAUGGGCUUGUGUCAUUCUUAUACAGUCUCAUUCUUCUGUCGUUCAUAUCUUCUGUAUCUUUCUUAAAAAUGCAACAUUAAAAUCCAUCUAGAACAUUUAAACUCCUCGUAGAUUUUGUCUUUUCUCUUCAACUUGCUGAUUUACCACUAUCCAGACUUAAAAAAGAAUAAGAAAAAAUCUGUUGUUUGCUUGCUAAAUUCUUUACAGGGAAAAAAAUCCAAUACUGUGUACUUUUUUUAAGCUAGCAAUUGCAGUAGUGAGUCAGAAAAGUGUACAAUAUUCAAAAUUAAUGUUUUACAAAUGUAUAAUGAAUAAUAAUGGCUGUGGUAAGGUUUUUUCUUUUACUUUUACAAUGUUAAUUGUGCCCCCUGCCCUGAAAGUACUAAUAGUUUCCACAACCACAUCACCUGUAAACACUGAGGUGCAGCUGUGAGCCUUCUGUGCCUUUUAAAUAAAAGUGUCUAGAUUGA